GGUGCGUUUAUUUUGGUGGCCGCGGAACGCUUGAAAUUCCGUGAAAAACCCCACGAAACGGGCAGUUUUUAGUGUAUCUUACAUCUUUCGAAUCUUGGGGAACCUUUGCACACCCUUCCACCAUGCCGCGAAUUAUGAUCAAAGGAGGUGUUUGGCGCAACACCGAGGAUGAAAUCCUCAAAGCCGCCGUGAUGAAGUAUGGCAAGAACCAGUGGUCGCGUAUUGCCUCACUGUUGCAUAGAAAGUCGGCCAAGCAGUGCAAGGCCCGUUGGUACGAGUGGCUCGAUCCGAGCAUCAAGAAGACGGAAUGGUCGCGUGAGGAGGACGAAAAGUUGCUCCACCUGGCGAAGCUGAUGCCGACGCAAUGGCGUACGAUUGCACCGAUCAUUGGCCGCACCGCGGCCCAGUGUCUCGAGCGGUACGAGUAUCUGCUGGAUCAAGCACAGCGCAAGGAGGAGGGCGAAGAUGGGAUGGAUGAUCCGCGGAAGCUGAAACCGGGCGAGAUCGAUCCGAACCCGGAGACGAAACCGGCCCGACCCGAUCCGAAAGAUAUGGAUGAGGACGAGCUGGAGAUGCUGUCGGAGGCCCGUGCCCGGUUAGCCAACACGCAGGGUAAGAAGGCAAAGCGCAAAGCCCGAGAGAAGCAGCUGGAAGAGGCACGUCGUCUGGCGGCACUGCAGAAACGUCGUGAACUGCGUGCGGCCGGUAUCGGGCUCGGUAGACGCAAGCGGAAACUCAAGGGCAUUGAUUACAACUCGGAAGUUCCAUUCGAGAAAACACCAGCACCUGGCUUCUACGACACCACGGACGAGUUCGUCGUUCCGAUUGCGGCCGAUUUUUCGAGCUUACGCCAACAGACGCUCGAUGGCGAGCUGCGUACGGAGAAGGAAGCACGUGAGCGUAAGAAGGACAAGGAGAAGCUGAAGCAGCGUAAGGAGAACGACAUUCCGAUGGCACUGCUCCAGAACCAGGAACCGGCUAAGAAGCGCUCAAAGUUGGUGCUACCCGAGCCGCAGAUUACCGAUCAAGAGCUACAGCAGGUCGUCAAGCUGGGGCGUGCCAGUGAAAUCGCGAAAGAGGUGGCCUCGGAGAGUGGUGUCGAAACGACCGAUGCACUGUUGGCGGAUUACAGUAUCACACCGCAGGUAGCGGCCACACCACGCACCCCGGCACCAAUGACGGAUCGCAUUCUGCAGGAAGCGCAGAACAUGAUGGCCCUAACGCACGUGGAAACUCCACUAAAGGGUGGCGUAAACACUCCGCUGCAUCAAUCGGACUUUUCGGGAGUGUUGCCACAAAGCCAAACGGUCGCAACGCCGAACACCGUUCUCGCUACACCAUUCCGAUCGAUUCGCGGUCCCGAUGGAAGUGGUACACCGGGAGGCUUUUUAACGCCCGCUUCCGGUGCGAUGGUUCCCGUCGGUGCCGCCGGAACUCAAUCGGCGAUGCCACCGGGAGCCACACCGGUGUAUCUGCGCGAUAAGCUGAACAUCAACACGGAGGAUGGCAUGAGUGUGGCCGGUACCCCGGCAGCCUACAAAUCGUACCAGAAGCAGUUAAAGUCAUCGCUCAAGGAGGGUCUAGCUUCGCUGCCGACACCGAGGAACGAUUACGAGAUUGUCGUGCCGGAAAACGAGUCCGAUGAAACGGCGGAUGAUGGUGCGCUCACGGCGGAACAGAUUGUACCGGAUCAGGCGGAUGUGGAUGCGAAACGCAAGCGGGAUCGUCAGGUGCAGGAAGCGAAAGAGCUUUCGCUGCGUUCGCAGGUCAUCCAGCGUGAGCUACCGCGGCCGCUCGAGAUCAACACGACCGUUUUGCGUCCCGCAAACGAAAUGCACGGACUGACGGAUCUGCAAAAGGCGGAGGAACUGGUGAAGCAAGAGAUGGUAAAGAUGCUCAACUAUGACGCACUCCGGAAUCCGAUCCAGCAAUCUCAGGCACCGCCCUCGAAGCGUCCCCCAUUGGCGCAACACCAGGCGUACCUGGAGCAGCACCCGUACGAGGACAUCGAUGAGGGGGAGCUGACCGAAGCGCGCAAUAUGCUGGCCGCGGAAAUGGGGGUCGUGAAGAAUGGUAUGGCGCACGGUGACCUGUCGCUGGAAAGCUACACCCAGGUCUGGCAGGAGUGCCUGUCGCAGGUGCUCUAUCUGCCCAGCCAGAACCGAUACACACGCGCCAAUCUGGCCAGCAAGAAGGAUCGGAUCGAGUCGGCCGAAAAACGGCUCGAAAUCAACCGGAAACACAUGGCCAAGGAAGCGAAACGGUGUGGAAAGAUCGAGAAGAAGCUGAAAAUUCUCACCGCCGGUUACCAGGCUAGGGCACAGGCGUUGGUGAAGCAGUUCCAGGACACGAACGAGCAGAUCGAACAGAAUUGUCUCGCUCUGUCUACGUUCAAGUUUUUGGCCGCACAAGAGGAUCUUGCCAUUCCGAAGCGCCUGGAAUCGCUCACGGAGGACGUGAUGAGGCAAACGGAACGCGAAAAGACCUUGCAAUCGCGGUACGCACUGCUCGUGGACGAACUGGAAAGCCUGAAUCGUCGGCUAGAGGAUGCACGGCUCAAUGGGGUCGACUACAGCACUGCUGCGACACCGCCGAUGGUGAACGGUAAUCAUCAAGUGGAUGAGGAACGGAAGGAAAGCGCCGAUGAAGAGGAGGAGAAAGAAAGCAAAGACGAUGAGGAAGAGAACGAAAAGGAUAGUGUUCCGGAUGAGGAGAGGGCGAACGAGCCACAGGCGAUACAGAAUAUAGAAGAGGAAGAAGAAGAAGAAAAAGAAGAAGAGGAUUCACGAGAUAGUCAGGAGCAGGAGGAUAGGGAUGAAGAUAGCCGCGAAAGCCAAGAGCAGAAGAGUGACGACGAGGACGAAUCAUCAUCUCAGGGGUCAGCAACUCAGGCACAUGCGGAUGAAAAUGCGGCAGAACCAAUGGAGCAGGAUGAUGGAAGUGAGGAAGGGAAUGAUGAUAGUAGCGAAGAGGAAGACUAGAAAGGAAGAAAUGGACUAUUAACAUACGCAAUUGAAAAGAAAGUAAUAAAUGGAAAGCAUGCAUUUUCCGGCUAAACAUUAGAUAUUUGAUUUCUUUCUUUUUUUCUUUGUUUCUUGACGACUGUCGUCGAAUUGCAGCACUCUUAUCGCGUGCAUUCAGAGUAGGUAUUUCGAAGCACUGGACAGGGUUCUCUCGUAAUAAAAAGUAUGCAUAACAGUUGAUCAACUUACUUUGUUUACAGGUGUAUACGUCCGUAAAGGCAGACUGUUGCAACAUUUUAAUAUACGAAUUACAUUACACUUCCUUUUAAUCUUAUAAUAAGAGACCGUA